AGAUAAAUAAUUAGUGGAAAUCUGGAGAAAUCGGAACGAAGAGGCGGAGAGAAGCAUCGGUCACACAUGACGGUGACUGUGAAAGCAGGCGACCAGGCGGCGCCGCUCCUCCCCCAGCCAACUCCACCUCCACCGCUGUCGCCGCAGACCUGCUACGGCGUCCCGGCUGCUACCUCUUCCGUCGCCGUUUUCCAGGACCCUUACUUGCCGGAACCCCCGGCGUACGUCCUGCUCCCUGUCUAUCCCCGCCGCCGCCGGCGCCCCCGAUGCUGCGCAUACUUUCGUCCUGUUGGUUCUCUCCUUUCCUCUUCUACUCUCCUCUCUUUUGCCUUCUUCCUCGCCCUCCUCCUAUCCGCUGCCUUCUUCCUCUGGCCCUCCGAUCCCGAUCUCACCAUAGCCCGUCUUGAUCUAGAUGACAUCCGUGUCAACGUCAUACCCGAGGCCUCUAUAUACAUCUCCAUGGGGGUCGAGCUCAGGAUCCGUAACCCAGCCUUCUUCGCCCUCAAUUACCGCUCCAUCGUGGUCUCCCUAGGGUACCGGGGGAGGCAGCUCGGCUUCGUCACGUUCGGCGGUGGCCAUAUUAGGGCUCGGGGGGUUACCUACGUUCAUGCCAAGCUCAAGCUCGACGGGAUCCGGGUGUUGAGUGAUGCCAUCUAUUUGAUCCAGGAUAUUGCUAGGGGAUCGUUGCCUUUGGAUACCGUAACGGAGGUUGAGGGCAGGAUGCGGCUCUUCUUUUUCGAUGUUCCCGUCGAGGGAAAAGUUUCAUGCGCAGUGAUGAUUAAUCCAAACACCCGGAAAGUCAUUCAUCAAGAUUGCUACCUCCAGUGAUUGUGAUAACUGAAAGUUUGUAUUGUCGGAUGGGCGAUACUGUUAAUUCAACUUCUGGGUGGAUGAAUUCAGUUUCAGUUUCACUGUCCAUUUGAAGGUAUCUUGCCUGACAGAUAUAAUAUUUGAAGUAAAGCAAGUCUACAAUAUCGAACUUAGUCUAAAUCUCCUAUGUAAUGAUUGUAAAUACACAAUUGCAUGUGGCUGUCAGAAUUGGUUAUAAUCUGAAAUGAUUAUUGUAUUAGGAGCUUGUGUAAUGCUGAAUUUAGAGUGAUUUCUAAGUUUUUGCCGUGGUUUUCAUUAUAA